AUGCUGCUUGCGCGCCGCCUGCUAUCACUCAUCAUCAUCACCAUAAUCCUCCUGCCAAUUCACACCACAAAUGCCGCAAGCGCCUGUGUCCUGGCUGCUUUAAAGAGAGCCAGGGACGAUCAGGUCAAGGAGCUGAACGCCACCAUUUCGAUUGUCGGAGAGCUCGUCGAUGCUAUUGCUAUGGUGGAGAGCCAGCGCAAAAGCCCGCUGGAGAAGCAAGUCGGCAAGCCGUUUAUCGACAAACUUCAUUCCUUCCUGAUCCAAGAAUCCAUGAAAACGACAAGAGUCCUCACCUCUUCCCCCACCGCUAUUCCGGUUCCCUCUAAAUCCACGAUACCCGCAGCUACGAAUGUCUCUGACAUUCCCACAACCGGGCUCAGGAUGAUGUUUCUCCUACUCCGGCCCCUCCAAAACAACCCCGUUGGGCUGAUGUGGCCGCGACUCCUUUUGAAUUACAUGGGCUUCCCGCGCGAUCUCAUCAAUCGCGCGUAUCCGAUUAAAUCCGGCUGGUGCGUCGAAGUGAGGGAGCAGCAACAUCGCUCUUUGCUAGUCGAGAAGGCAAAGGAGAAAGGCCUUGUCGCAGAGCCGGAGAAAACCACUUUUGCUUACAUUGCGAGGAAUGUACCUCAAACGAUCCGCGACUUCACGGGCCAACCCAUCGAUACCGAACCGCUCAUUCAGCAAGAAGCAAUCGUUGUCACACACCAGAAGGACGCAAAGGUCAUCAAGAGCAGAUCGGGUGCCUGGAUUGUGGUUCUCCGCCGGCAAUACCCCAGCUUCCGACUGUUCGACUCGGACCCUGCUAUCCCAUUGUCCCACAACCCCCGAAUCUACUCUUGCGAGCACUGUUUCGGCUUCCACCAUCGGGACAAGUGCCGCUAUGCUGCCCUACCCCCGGACACCGCGACUGCCCAGCCCUCCCAAAAUAAAAUCUCCCAAGGCCGAGUCCUGAAGCCUACGCGCGAGCAGAGAGCCGCCUUCCGCAAGGCUGGCCGUGCAGCGUACAAGGCUAAGGUAGCCGAGCUUAAGAACACAUCGACCCCUCCCUCGGCCCUCCCCUUCCUCCUCGAACCCAACUUCGAGUGA